UUUACACAAGCGUACAUACAUAUGUAUGCUCAUCCAUGGUUGCGACAACUGUCAAAAGCGACAGGCGUAAAACGGAUCGACGUUGGAAGUGAAACGAUGCGUGCGGUGUGCAAAGUAGGAUUGGGUCCAAAAUAAGAUUUAUACACAAACAUCUUUGACAUUGCGCCCAUUGAGAACGCCGCGAUAAGCAUCCGCUUGCGCAAUGACGAUUCUUCGCGCUUUGGCGCUCGUCCUUCUAGUCACGGAAUCCUCGUAAGGGUUUUCGCUUCGCGACGAAGUUGUCUCCUCUUUUUUUCAAUACUGCGAUGCCGCUGCGUUUUAGCGGCGGGAAGAAUAAUGUAUUAUUAUUGAUGACGAUCGGAAGGCACGCAUCCUCGUGCACGGCAUCGACCCGGUGAACAAAAAUGGGCAAGCAAAACAGCUCAUGUUGGUGGUGCGUAAAGGCCGUCAAGUGGAUACCAGUGUUAUUCAUUCUGACGAUCGUCGUGUGGUCCUAUUAUGCUUACGUCGUGCAAUUGUGCUAUUAUACAAUAGACAACUAUGUUCAAAAAGCUUUCUACCUGCUUUUCUUCCACAUCCUACUUCUGAUGUUUUUAUGGUCAUAUUGGCAGACAGUAUAUACAAAUUUAAUGCCAGUGCCAGAUAAGUUUAAAAUACCUGAUGUUGAGAUGGAAAAAUUACAGCAGGCCGAAACGGAAGAAGUACAGAGACAAAUUUUAGAAAGAUUUGCACAAGAUCUUCCAGUUACUAAUCGUACUAUAAAAGGAGCUAUGCGAUUCUGUGAGAAAUGUCAGUUAAUAAAGCCUGAUAGGGCACACCAUUGCAGUGUGUGUGGCACUUGUGUCCUAAAAAUGGAUCAUCACUGUCCAUGGGUGAACAAUUGUGUGGGCUUUCACAACUAUAAAUUUUUUAUGCUGUUUCUUGCAUAUGCACUUCUCUAUUGUAUGUUUAUUACCGCCACAUCUUUACAAUACUUUAUACAAUUUUGGAAAGGAGAAUUAGAUGGAAUGGGUAGAUUUCAUCUAUUAUUUCUUUUUUUUGUUGCGUUGAUGUUUGCAGUCAGUCUUAAUUCCCUUUUCUUCUACCAUUGCUAUCUUGUUGUGCAUAAUAGAUCAACACUAGAGGCCUUCAGAACACCUAUGUUUCGAACAGGGAAAGACAAGGAUGGAUUUAGUCUGGGAAAAUACAAUAAUUUUCAGGAAGUAUUUGGUGACAAUCCACGACUCUGGUUUCUUCCCAUAUUUAGUAGUUUGGGAAAUGGUGUCGUCUAUCCAGUAAGAUCGCAACACCAGGGCACACCCAAUACUUAUGAUUCCAUGGGCAGUACUCAGAACAGCUUUGGAGAUGGGGUAAACUUUCCCGAGCGGCUGUGCAAUGAGGAUACACAUACUCUAUUGGGCUCCCACGGCACCCAACAAUGGGGUGAUGAAACCGAGUUUGAUUCCCCACUUCCCUACGUAAAUCAGGUACUUUACAGACUCGAUUCUUAGAUCGAGUCAAUAAUCUUGCUCAAAACAGUUAGAGCAUAUCAAAAUGACAAUUUAUAUAGCAAUCAUUAUAAGUUCCUUAUACUUUGCAUAGAUAUUUCGUCAUUAUUUAGUAAUCUACAUGUAGCUGUAAGAUCUUGAUUGAAAUGCAUCUUACAACUCAUAAUUUUAAUUUUUAUAGAUUCUGACGAAUCUAAAAACAAUUUACUUUGAGCGAAAAUAUCUACGAGUCAAUAAUUUUCAAAUUAUACGAACGAUUAUUUUCGCGAAUUAAGCUUGCAUUUUAUUAUCUCUAUUAAAUAGAUAUAAUAAAAUUGUGUUUUCCAGUAGAAAUUUUAUUUUAGUAUGUAAGCAAGAAACAUGUGUUUAAAAAUUGCAAAAUUAUAUAUAUUAUAAACGAGAUGAUAUUCCUCGAUAUUUUUCAUUGUUGAGGAGAAAACGACUUCAAAUUAAUUAAAAAAUUGAUCACUUGAAAUUAAGAUCAUGAGUUGUGAAUUUUAUUUAUUUAGAGGACUUGGCACAUAUUCUUGCAUUAAUAGCAAAUAAAUCGAUGUAUAUUUAGGAACAAAUUUGAAUUGUGAUAAAAUGGAAUUCAUAUUACAUCAUAUAAUUAAUGCAUAUUAUUUUUAAUGCUAUUUGUCUAUUAAUAGGCAAUGAUAUAUAGAUUCCAAUACUGAUUCUAAAUACUAUUAUUUUCUUAUUGAAAGAAUGUUUGUAUAGGAUAAAGUAGGAAAAAUAUACUUUAAACAUCUUAAAAGAAAAUCAGUUUUUUUUUCUAUGAAAAUAAAGUUCUAUUUAUCAUCAUUCUUUAUUCAGAAAAAAUGUUCCUAUCCUAUAUUUUACAACGCAAAUAUUAACAAAUAUUAUGAAAAAUACAAUAUUAAGAAAUACAAAAAAUUUGUGUAUAAUUUAUACAAAUUAGUAUUGUUCAUAAAGUCAUAUGAUUAUAGAAAUACUAUUAAUAUAUACUGAUCAAAUAGAUUAGAAUUAUAUAUAAAAUUAUAUAUAAAAUAUACAUCAUGCGCUACGAAAAAAAUUACAGUAAGUUUCUUUAACACUAAUAAAUACUAAAUGUUAUUUUUUUGCCGAGUGCUCCUGCUUUCAACAAACUAAUUAAUCAUUUACAAGUUAUUUGUCUUUUUUAUUUUCCCUUUUAAUAAUUUUGUAUUAAACUGUUAAGAUAACUUAUUUUCUAAAUGAUUUGUAAUAUUAACUCUCAUUACAAGACAAUUUUCAUUUUGUCAAUUUAAUAUAUGCUUAGAAAUAUAUAAAAAUAAUAAGUAAUAUAUGCAAUCGCAUAUUUUUCUUGCUUAAAAUAAACAGAUUGAUAUUUUUUAUAUAUUUUUUUCGAAAGCUUGUAGUAAAUGUUCCAAACUUUUUUAUAAAUAAAAAAAAAUUGCAACUUGAAUUUUAUUUUGUAGCAUAUAUAUUAUAAUUACGUAUGAUGUAUAUAGGUAAAUAUAACAUAAUAUAUUCCCUUUGAUAUAAUUUAUUUUACUGAAUUUUUGAUUGA